AUGGAUCAACGACAAAUAUACCCGAAUAUAACAGAUUUGUUAUACCAACAGAAUAUAACACGUUUGUCGUCAUUAAGUGACGGCGAUGUUAAAUAUAACACCGCUUAUGCCGACAAUGAUAAUGCCGACAGAUCUUCGUCACCUUCGAUCGAAGAUGCCGACAGCGAGUCCGCGUUCGGUGUCGAUUUGUCAGGAAAAGGUACCAAUUUGGCGGGUAAAUCGUUCACUAUUGCCGCCAUUUUGGGCUUGAGUAAUGCGGAAGAGGAUGCGAUGAAUCUCAGCGUUCAAGAACGUAUACACCAGAAUCAAAGGCAAUUGCAGAAUUAUUUAUAUUCUGAUGACAUGCACAGGUUGAAUGACGGAUUCUGUAGAAGUAUUGGAGUCCCGCAUGGGUUGCCACAAGACAGUCCGCGUCCUGAGCUGCGGCACCAAGUACCGCAGAUGAAGAGCUCCAGACCUCAUGCCAUCACCUGUUCCACUGGGAACGGUAGAAGUAAGAGGAUAAGGACGAUCUUCACUCCGGAGCAGCUGGAGAGAUUAGAAGCGGAGUUCGAACGGCAGCAGUACAUGGUGGGGCCCGAGAGGUUGUACCUCGCGCACGCAUUGCAACUCACUGAAGCACAGGUGAAAGUGUGGUUCCAGAACAGACGUAUAAAAUGGCGGAAGCAUCAUCUAGAAGUGACGCAGCAGCGGCUGGCGGUGCUGCAGCGACACAGGCCGGAUGAACGCGACGACUGA